AGAGGCUAAAGAUGAAAAUGUAUCGCCAGUAUCAAAACAUAAGAAACAUUGUAGAUGCACUGAUACUAUUAGAACACUAGAAUCUAUUCCACAAGUAAAGCAGACCAUUAAUGAUAAUCCCAUGAGAUCCAUGAGGUUGAAUGCAAAAGAACACCAUGUGUCAAAAGGAAGAAUCCGAAAUGUUGUCCACAAAGACAUUAUGCGAUGAGAAAAGUCAUUUCAUGUCAGAAGCAGUGAAAGAAAAUUACUUGAUAAGAUCUAAAAGACUCCUGAACAAACUUAAAAACCCAGCAGAGAAAGAUGUCAUUUGGUUCUUCUCAGAUGAGAAAAACUUUGAUCAAGAUCAGAAAAUUCCUGAUCUAGUUGGGCAUAUAACAACCAGCCAGCCGACACAAAAAAUAUCUAGUGAGACUUCUUUAUCAAUGUACCAGGAGAGACCCAAACUGAAGGGUCAAAACGUAUGUUGUACCUAA